AUGGCUGCGAAAAGCAAAGAGAGUAAAGAUUCAAGUUCUUCCGAGGAAGAUGAGGAAGGAAGAGAAACACCUCAGCUUGAUCAAACAGAAGAAGAACCAAUACUUUUGCAAGGCAACAACAACAGGACUUUUGACGGCGUGGAAAAUGAUAGUCGGAUUAACAACAACGUCGCAGCUCAGCAGGCUCUGAUGGAAGCAAACAUUAUGUACGAAGUCCGCGAAGGAUGUAUACAGAUCAGAGCCUUCAAUGGGAAUGACUACGAGCCAUUGCCUGGUUGGACGACAUCCGGGCAAAGAAUUCAACAGUGCACUGAAGGGAACCCCCCAUGGAUUGGACACCACCAAGAAGAACAAGACCUUAUUAUACAGGUAAACAACUGAAAUAAUUUAUUCCAAUGAAAGUACAGCAAAGCAGGCCAUUUUUCUCGCAAAAUAUCUGCUUACUUGCUUUUCUCCAAUUUCAUCUUUUAAAGGCAUCGGAUGACGAGAACCAGCUUGACGAGGCCAUUUUUAUAUUUAUUAUACUUUUUUUCUACUUGUCUGAGAAUUUUCUAACUUUGAAAUAAAAUUCUAUUAGAUUGUAUGUUUACGUACGUGUAUCCUUUAGGCUAUGCAAAUAAAGUAUUGUAAAAGUUAUCAUUCUUUUGCCUUGACAUGGAUGUCUACAUCUACCAGAAUGCUCUGACGAGGUCAAGUGAUAUCAUACUGUCAUUUCCACUCCAUACACACUUGACCUCAUCUGGCCUGUCUCUUCAGUGUUUUGAAAAUUCACUCAACUUAAAUGGAAUUUAACAAAAAAAAAAAAACCAAAGAAAAACAAACAGUUUUAAACUUUCAUUUUCAACUGUUCGCAUCACACGUUUCUGUGGGGAAAAUAAUUAAGGGGGGCCGGUAGCACAAGGCACACGAUAUCAUAGAAUAGGGUCGGAAUGAUAAUUUUUCUUCUCUUUCCUAAUUCAUAUUCACGCUAACUUUCGAUAAUCUGGUUUAAAUUCCAAUUUCUUAAAAAAGAGUUAAUUUCUUGAAAGUUUAACCUGAAGAAUAAAAGCGCUGCAAGACUCAGGAUCAUACAUGACAACCCAUUUCACUCAUAAAGCCCUAGCAAGUCUGCAACGGAAGCACAAGUUCUUGCCCUUUUGGAGACGUUGGCAUUCCUUUGUUAUGCUGAGAAAAACACUCACGUCACAGGAGACACUGAGUCAUCGACGAAAAAUACCACUUUAG